AUGUUGAGGAUAGUAAUAUCAUGCUACCGAUAUCUGCAAGAGAAGCAAUUCUUAAAAAUGCAAAGCAGCUCAAGUCGAGAAACACCUCUUGGCAGUGGUGAUGCGGAUGUGACAUCUCUGAACGGCGGUGUUCCUGCUGACAAAAACGGUGAUCCGUUAGCAGCGAUUCACGGGAACGAUCUACAUUCUGUUGCAAUCUCUAACAUCGAUAUUCGUGAAUUUACGAAUCCGGCUGAAACUGACUGCUAG